AGCCGCCGCUGUGAGGCGGUUUUGGGGGCCGCAAGCCCGGGAUUCCUGCUGUGGGUCAGAUUCUUUGUACAAACCCCCUCUGGGAAGCCCCUCCCGCUGCCUCUGCCCCCCCGGGUCCACAGCUCGCCAGCCCCACUUCCUGGAGAGCCCGACCCCCUGGUCCUUGAGGGUGGGUGGCUUCUGCGCGCCUCUCCCCUGCCGUGGACACGGUGGGGGUCGCGGCCUGUGUGUGCGGGCCUCGAAUGGCCGGGCGAGUGGCGUUCGGGCCCCAGGACAGGAGCUGGCGGAACCUUCCGGGCCCCCCCGGUGCCCCUUCCCCGCCCGCUCCCAGCUCUCGGGGUCCACCCUCACAAUCCUCAGGGGUGUUCCUCUGCCCGCCCCGCCCCCGGCAGGUUCAGGAGCCCCUCGCCCGCCCCCCACCCCUGCCCCGUCCUCCCGCCGCCCGAGCCGAGCUCAGGUGGGCAGUGUGGGAGAUUGUCCAGGUUGGUCGGUGGUGUUGGCCGGAUGCGCCGGGCCUCCUGCCCCUCCUGCCCCUCCUGCCCCUCCUGCCCCUCCCUGCCCCUCCCUGCCCCUCCCUGCCCCUCCCACGUCUGGCUCAGCCAGCCCCCACCUGGCAGGGAGCUACAGCCACACGGCCAGCGCCCUGGCCCCUUUGGCUUGGUGGUGGCCUGUGGUCUGGGACACGGCACGCCCACCCAAGAAGUGAACUAGGUCACACUGGUCGCCUUCUUCGAGCCCUGCUGGUUUUCAGCCUCCUCUUCCUGGCAGCCCACCUGGCCUUCCAGAUAUGCCUGCACACCGUGCCCCGCCUGGACCAGCUCCUGGGGCCAAGCUGCAGCCCCUGGCAGAUCCUGUCCCAGCACGUAGGGGUGACGAGGCUGGACCUGAAGGACAUCCCCAAUGCCGUCCGGCUGGUGGCCCCUGACCUGGGUGUCCUGGUGGUCUCAGCCGUGUGCCUCGGCCUCUGUGGGCGCCUGGCACGGGAAGCCCGGCGGAGCCAGCCCGCCCAGGAGCAGGACGAUGAGGACAGGGAAGCUGACGCCGGCGGAGCCCCCGUGCCGGCCCCCAAGCAGAGGUCUCGGCUGGCCACCCGGUUCCAGGUCACGGCCCACUGGCUGCUGGUGGCCGCCGGACGGACGCUGGCCAUCCUGCUGCUGGCGCUGGCAGGCAUCGCCCAGCCCUCGGCCUUCUCCGGCGUCUACUUCCUGGUCUUCCUGGCCACCUGCACCUGGUGGGCCUGCCACUUUCCCAUCGGCCCCCUAGGCUCCAGCACGCUCUGCGUCAUGGUGGGCUGCUUCAGCGCCGGCCACCUCAUCUGCGUCUACUGCUACCAGACGCCCUUCGCCCAGGCCGUGCUGCCCCCUGCGGGCAUCUGGGCCAGGUGAGGUCUGCCUGCGCUGGCCCCCUCCCCCCUCC